AUGUGGAGAAAGGCUCUAGUAUGCGCUGGUGGUGAACUGCAACAACUUUUUCGACCAUGGCGCACUUUAGCAUCUCGCUCGUCAUCCAGCGUCUCCUCCGUCGCCGCCGUCAACUCCAUACUACUCCGUUCCCUCAAAGACCACUAUGUAGAAGUCUCCAAAAUGACCCCUCCUCCAAAAGUUAGCCCACCUUCACCAUUCACCGUUGAGAAAGGGGCACUUCAUAGUGGUGGUGCUGUUCUAAAACGCACAUACGGAGACGAGGAGAUCAGUAUUUCUGUAAUGCGAUUGGCUAACAUAAUUCCUGGAGAUUCUGGAGAUGACAACGUUGAUGAUGGUAUUAAUCAGUUGUUUCUUCAUGUUGAUAUCUCUAAGCCAGGGCAGAAGGAGUCUCUGCAUUUUCUCUGUGGUUUGUAUCCUGAUGCUUUGGGAAUUCACUCUGUUUCGUUGAGGCCAAAAGCUGAUUCUUCAGGGUUCCUUGUGGUUCCAACUAAAUACAACGGCCCUAUUUUUGAAGAUCUUGAUGAAAAAGUAAGAGACGCUCUUCAUGGUUACAUUGAAGAAAGAGGGGUCAAUGAGAACCUCUUCCCAUUUUUACAAGCUUGGCUUUAUGUAAAAGAUCACAGAAAUCUCUUACGUUGGUUUAAGACAGUUGGAACAUUUGUUAACGAGAGCCAGCUGGAAGCUUCACAUGCUUAG